AUGACGUCGAUAGGGACGGGCUACGAUCUCUCCAACUCGGUCUUUUCCCCCGAUGGACGCAACUUUCAGGUGGAAUAUGCAGUCAAAGCAGUGGAGAACGGUGGCACGGCGAUUGGCAUUCGGUGCAAGGAUGGCGUCGUGCUCGCCCUGGAGAAGUUGGUGUCCAGCAAGCUGCUGAAGAAGGAUGCGAACAAGCGGAUAGCCACCAUCGACCGGCAUAUGGGGGUGGUCCAUUCUGGACUCCUACCCGAUGGUCGCCACUUUGUUUCCCGCGCGCGCGAUGAGGCUUCCAGCUGGCGCAGCACCUACAAAGCACCCAUCCCCGUCUCCUCCCUCGCCAACCGCAUGGGCGCUUACGUACAAGCCUACACCCUCUACUCAUCAGUCCGACCGUUUGGUAUUACUGGUAUCGUCGGUGGCUGGGACGCCGAGGUGGAGGUGGAUGUUGAUGGCGCGGUCGGUAGUGGGCCCAAGUCGGGCUCGGGCGGCAAGACCAAGGGUGUCAAGGAAGGAGGACCAUACCUCUACAUGGUCGAGCCAUCGGGACUGUACUGGGGAUACUACGCGGCAGCAACGGGCAAGGGACGACAGUCAGCCAAGUCAGAGUUGGAGAAGCUCAAUUUGGACCCCAAGGACGACAAGUGCUUGACUUUGGAGGAGGGUGUCAARGAGGCCGCGCGCAUCAUCUACGUUGCGCACGAGGACAGCAAGGACAAGGAUUUCGAGCUGGAAUUGACAUGGAUCAGCGCCGUCAGUGGGCCGACAAAGGGCAGGCAUGAGGAGGUGCCCAAGGCGUUACGGGAGGAGGCCGAGCGUCUUGCAAAGGCCUCUCUGGAGCCCGAGGAUGAUGAAGAAGAGGGCAAGAUGGAGGAGUAG